CAGGUCUGCUACUGGAACCACAAAGGGCUGUACCGCAAGUCUUCUGAACGCCACCCAAGAAGGCGGGGGCGGUCCGGAGGCCGGUUCCUGUUGCCCCGGAAGCUCAGUGGUUUCCGGUUUGGACCCGCGAAUUCCCGUUGGCGGAGGCUGCUCCCUCCCUCCCUCCGGUCCAGGAGACGAUGUUUUACCACAUCUCCCUGGAGCACGAGAUCCUGCUGCACCCGCGCUACUUCGGGCCUAACCUGCUCAACACGGUCAAGCAGAAGCUUUUCACCGAGGUGGAGGGCACGUGCACGGGCAAGUAUGGCUUUGUAAUUGCCGUCACCACCAUUGACAACAUUGGGGCGGGGGUGAUCCAGCCUGGCCGAGGGUUUGUGCUGUACCCCGUCAAGUAUAAAGCCAUCGUCUUCCGGCCCUUCAAGGGGGAGGUUGUGGAUGCUGUUGUCACCCAGGUCAAUAAGGUGGGACUCUUCACCGAGAUUGGACCCAUGUCUUGCUUCAUCUCCCGCCAUUCCAUCCCUUCUGAGAUGGAAUUUGAUCCCAACUCCAAUCCUCCAUGUUACAAAACAGUGGAUGAGGACAUUGUGAUUCAGCAGGACGAUGAAAUCCGCCUAAAGAUUGUGGGGACCCGGGUGGAUAAGAACGACAUUUUCGCUAUUGGCUCCCUGAUGGAUGACUACCUGGGUCUUGUAAGCUGAAUGGAGAUGUCCGUCUUCCUUGUUUAAUUUUAGCCGUUAUUGAGACAUCGCAGGCCAGCUCGCAAAGUCUCCCCAGCUGGGUCCUUGCUGCUUUUUGGAAGCUGGAAGAAAGAAGGUUUUUUGUCUGGCCUUUUCUAAAGCCUCUUGAGAGUGGGAUGAUCCUUCUCAAACUGCUAUUAAUCUCUUUUAAUAAUACAGGCUUUUGGCCCUUGAUACAGCCCAGUGCCUUUCACCCUGGAUGGUAAUGGGUACAUAAUAAAUUUUGUCAAACUGAA